UUUAGAAGCCUUUCAAAUUGCAAUCUCUGCAAAAACCACUGGUGUACAAGAAAUAUAUUAUCAGCAGACAUUUAAAACUUUGAAAUAUAAACAAGUACCAAUACCAACCUUUGAGCGAGCC